UACGCUGUAUUGUAAGUGUGUGAGAGUGCUCGGUGUUCGGGCAUCCGGCAUCCCCCCGUGGCCAAGGACGAGGAUGUGCUGGUGUAGUGGGAGAGGAAGUGGAUGAGGGGUCCGGGUGAAACCUCCAGUGUCUACACUGCGUACAUUAGCUUUCUUUAAUUUUAUAUAAUUUAUUUAUUAAUUUAUUUGUCCGUGUUUCAAACGCGAAGUUGACGCAGUGAGUUCAGUUGUGGCUCAGGACGCUGGGACACUGCGGCUGGAGUGUGGGACCACCCCGGGAUUUCAUCACAGGCCUCUGAAUGAAGUGAGCUCAGAUGGACCGCAUGAAGAUCAUUAAGAGACGCUUGUCUAUGAGCCUGCGCAGUGCCCGGCCUGUGGACGAAAACCUGUCAGAGCUUGCAGAACACGGAGCAGCUGAAGAGCCACCUAUGUCACGAGAAAAUGAGUCCAUGGUUUGCCCCGUGCCCCCUCCCGCAUCCCAAAGUGCCCCUUCAUUCUUGCGCCACUAUGCAGGGGGUUUGGGGCGCGGCGCGAUGCGUAGAGAUGGCCUGGACCGACCCUACCUUUCUCUUCACCGGACUGGCUCUCUUGGCAUAGUGCAUGAAAAUAUGAAAAUGGGAUCUGAUGGAGAGAGCGAUCAGGCGUCUGGGACUUCAUCCGACGAGGUGCAGAGUCCUGUCCGAGUGCGAAUGCGUAACAACCACUCACGGCGUAUCUGCAAUGAGGACAUUAAUAAGCGUCUAUCGCUGCCGGUGGAUAUCCGCUUGCCAGAGGGGUAUCUGGAAAAAUUUGCUAUGAACAGUCCUCCUUUUGAUAAACCCUUGAGUCGGAGGCUACGGCGUGCUUCACUGUCUGAAAUUGGCUUCGGGAAACUGGAGACAUACAUUAAAUUGGACAAACUUGGAGAAGGAACCUAUGCAACAGUAUACAAAGGACGCAGUAAACUGACUGAUAAUCUGGUGGCUCUGAAGGAAAUUCGGCUGGAGCAUGAAGAGGGUGCACCAUGCACUGCUAUUCGUGAAGUAUCCCUCCUGAAGGAUUUAAAACAUGCAAACAUUGUCACUCUUCAUGACAUCAUCCACACGGACAAGUGCCUAACGCUGGUUUUUGAGUACCUGGAGAGGGAUCUAAAGCAGUACAUGGAUGAUUGCGGGAGCAUCAUGUGCGUUCAUAAUGUCAAAAUCUUCCUCUUUCAGCUGUUGCGAGGUCUCGAUUAUUGCCAUCGCCGCAAGGUUCUACAUAGAGACUUGAAACCACAGAAUCUGCUCAUUAAUGACAGGGGAGAGCUCAAACUUGCUGAUUUCGGUUUGGCUCGAGCCAAGUCUGUCCCAACUAAGACAUAUUCUAAUGAGGUGGUCACACUCUGGUACAGACCCCCAGAUGUGUUACUAGGCUCAACCGAGUACUCCACUCCUAUUGACAUGUGGGGGGUUGGCUGUAUAUUCUAUGAGAUGAUUACAGGACGGCCUCUGUUCCCUGGGUCAACAGUAGAGGAUGAACUUCAUCUUAUAUUUCGCAUCCUCGGCACUCCUGCUGAGGACUCUUGUCCAGGGGUCAGCACCAGUGAAGAGUUCAGGAACUAUAACUUUCCUCAAUAUCGCCCUGAACCUAUUGUCAAUCAUGCACCCAGGAUAGACAGUGAUGGUGAAGACUUGAUUAUGCAGUUAUUAAAGUUUGAGGCAAGGCAGCGUAUCUCUGCAGAAGAAGCUCUUGGGCAUCCCUACUUCAAGUGUUUUGGGGAGCAAGUACAACACCUGGCUGACACGGCCUCCAUCUUCACAGUGAAGGAGAUCCAACUUCAGAAGGACCCAGGAAAACGUACAAUAUCAUACACUGAGUCAGCCCAGGGGAAAUCCCGUCGACAGAGUGUAUUGUUCUAGAAAUGGGCCCUAAUAAAACAUGUCACACCUCUAUUGCACAAAACAGAAUACUCUACCCCACCACAACACAGGAAAAAGAGCCGGAAACCUUGUACCGCAUGGAGGUGGGAAAACGCUUACGGACAAUUUAUCUGAUGGAGUCUUUACUACACAGUCAAGAACAAGGAUUGCACUCUUCAAUACAAACAAAUAGCUUCAGUUAUAACACACAACUCGUGAAGGGAUGUGAGAAUCAUUAGGAGCUGUUCAUAAGGAUAAAUAUGUUUAUUCUUGUAAUUGAAUAAAGGAAGAGGAGACAAAUCAAGAACACUUGCAACAAACAGAUGGGAUAGUGACAUACUUUAUUCCAGGUCAUGCUGCAUAGCCUGUUUGUGUUUCUAUAAACCUUAGCAGUAUACCUCAUUCUCUUCAUUAAUCAGCAUUCAUUUAUCUAUGUGGUUGUCCAUUUUAGUGUGUAUAUCAGCAUGCUGGAAAGAUUAGUCAAGAUUCUCUUGUGCUUAUAGUUGUAUUAUGUUGAACUAUUGCCUUUUAAUAUUUUCAGUAAAGAAACUCUUCACCCCUACAUAACACACACAGUGCUGUGUUGGUAUGAACUGUGGUUUUAACUAACCCCAGCACCUUAUACUAGUUAAGCUCAGGCUGUCUUCUAUCAAUUCAUAACUAACUAAUGACUUUGGAGGACUGAAAGCUCUAAGAAGACAUGACACUGAAUUUCCAGUGCUUGAUCAGCACUGCUGUAUUUAUAGUAUGCACUACAUAACCAUUCUAAACACUUCUGAGCUGUUUUGGAUGCUGUCCGAACAGGAAGGGGUAUUACAUGACUGAAGUGUAUUAUGAUACUUUGAUGUGCUCACUAGAUGUAGAGUACUCAUUGCUUAUUGACUAUUUGAUUUUUUUUCCUCAAAACUCAUGUUCUCUGAUUCUUCAUUGUUUUUAUACUGUGCCCUCCAUAAUUAUUUGGUCCCUUUGUGGAAAUUAGCAAAAAUAACUAUAUAAAAGAAAUAACACAUGCAACAUCACAUGAUGUUUUAAGCUCAUACAUACAAGAAAAACUUUUAUUUGCUCCCUCACAAACUCAAUGCUUUACUCAAGAAAGGCAUAUUUAUCCAUAAACUGCUAGUAGAAUUAUCUGCACCUUUCAGGUUAAUAGUUUGUGACAAAUAACAGUUGCUUCCAUUAAUAUCCACCAAAGUUGCAGACAGAGUUUGCCGCUUCAAUUCCAAAGUCCACAGUGGGAUUCAAAUUUAGAGACUGACAUCUUUAUUGCAAAACAUUAAUUUUGGUUUUCUUUAACCACCUGUGUUGAUUUAAUAAGUCUAAAUGUCCUGGAAGAAGCUGCCAGGGCUGUGCAAAUGUAUUCUGGUAUUUAGUAGAAUUCUCAGUGAGACAAACCAUCCCUCCAGGAUUCCGGGAUAUAAAUGCAGAAAUUAGUGCAAAUAUUCUAUGCAAUAUUCAUAUGAUUUUACACAGAUUUGGGCCAAGACACGUGAUUUGACACACAAUAAGCCAAAAGCCUUCUUUGUUUCAAAUGUGAUAAACAUGAGUAUAGCUAUCAUAGAAAGUAAUUACAUCUGUGUUUUCACUGGUAGCUGUUAAAAAGAAGCAGCUCAUGCUUGCAUGUUCAAUGCACAAGAGUUUAUGGUUUUAGGUUUCAUGAUGGUUUUAAGUUUUAUGUUAGUUUCAUGAUCUGCAUUUCUCUCCUCCCAAGCGUAGCAUGAUCUCAUCAUUUAUGCAAGCAUAGCAUGAUCUCAUCAUUUAUGCAGUGCAAAGCAAUUUUGGCAAAUUCUGAUACUGGUACAUGUUCAGAUAGCGGAAACAACAAUCUUUGUGAGUCUGUGAUAGUGAACUAUGCUGCAUAGAUGAUUCUAGCUACAGGGCUAUAUACAGUGUAAAUUAACUAUCUGAUAAUUAACAGUAAGAGCAGUGCAUAGUGUCCAAAAGUUCUCCACUCUAACCCCCCAUAAUCACCUAUCUGUUUUUUGCUAUAACAUCUUCAGUUACAUAUCCUGGAAUAUAACAGAAUUCGUGCUGUCACAAGCAGUCCUUCCAGGAUUGUGGAAUUUUGUGAUCACAGAAAUUAAUGCAAAAACAAAGAAACUCAGAAUAUAUUUAAAGUAUUUUACACAUAUUUAGGACAAGAUGUGUCAUGUGACUUCAUUACAACAUUCUACCAGCCAAGGCUCUUUGAUUCACAUUUGAUGAGCAUGAGUAUACUCAUAUAGCUCUUAUAAAGAAUUGCAUGUGUUUUCACUGUCAGGAUUUUAAAAUAAGAAUCUUGUGUGUUCUAUACCAUGACACACAAUGUUAGUGUUAGAAGUUCAGAAAAUCGUUUUGUGCCUCAGAAAAGGCUUCUUACUUCCAAACCUUCCAAACUGUGAUAUUUGACCUAUAUGUCAUUGUGUAAA